CCGGAGGAGCGAAAGAUGGCGGCGCCUUGCUUCCCCACGCCAUUGCACAGGCAUGUGGGCCGUGGCGCCUUCAGCGACGUGUACGAGCCCGCGGAGGACACAUUCCUGCUGCUGGACGCGCUCGAGGCGGCGGCAGCCGAACUCACGGGAGUGGAAAUUUGCCUUGAAGUAGGGUCAGGGUCUGGAGUGGUAUCUGCAUUCCUAGCCUCUAUGAUAGGUCCUCAAGCUUUGUACAUGUGCACUGAUGUCAACCCUGAGGCGGCAGCAUGUACCCUGGAGACAGCACGCUGUAACAAAGUCCACAUUCAACCAAUAAUUACAGAUUUGGUCAAAGGCUUGCUACCAAGAUUGAAGGAAAAAGUUGAUCUUCUGGUGUUUAAUCCUCCCUAUGUAGUGACUCCACCUGAAGAGGUAAGGAGUCACGGGAUAGAGGCAGCUUGGGCUGGUGGCAGAAACGGUCGUGAAGUCAUGGACAAAUUGUUUCCACUGGCUCCAGAGCUCCUUUCACCAAGAGGAUUGUUCUAUUUAGUCACCAUUAAAGAAAACAAUCCAGAAGAAAUUUUGAAAAUAAUGAAGACAAAAGGUCUACAAGGGACCACUGCACUUUCCAGGCAAGCAGGCCAAGAAAUCCUUUCAGUCCUCAAGUUCACCAAGUCCUAAUCUACAGUGUGUGCUACUGAAAGCUGCAUGCAUUUGGCAUAUUUUGAAACAGAAGUCAUUUCUUAGUUAACAAGUAAAGUCAGAAAUUUGUCAUAUAGAAAAAAGCAGAAGAGUAAGGCAUUUCCUUUUACCCAGGAAUCAGGCCUACAGAAAUAUUUGCACAAAUGCAAGUAAAUAUAUAUAAUUUGAAUUUUAUAUAUUAUAUAUAUUAUAUGUGGAGAAUAUAUAAUAAAAAAUUAUAUUUGUAUAUGAAGAGGAUGUUCAUUUCAGCAUUACUUGUAAUGGCAAAACAAUGAAGUUAACCUAAAUGUCCAUCAGCAAAGGGAUUGGUAAAAUAAAUUACAGUAUAUUCAUGUUACUGAACAUGAGUGACAUAUCCAGCCAUUAAACACAAGUCAGUUCUGUAUAUACUGAACCAGAAGGGGUUCAUGAUGUACUAUUGAGUAGUGAAAAAAAUCAAGUUGCAAAAUAAUACUAACCUAUAUGUAUAUUUUUGAAAAACUAACAAAGUUUGUGUGUAUGUGUAUAUAAGAAAUUCUCAAAAGGUAAAUAACAGGUGGGAA